UCUAUCUAGUGCUCUAAUUUGACCGUGAUACUGAAGAAUUUUGAGAGGCUGAAUUGAGCACAAGUCGAAUGAAUAGGGAAGAAAUGUUCCUUGUCUCCCAUUACUCAGCCAGGAAACGAUGUAUGAGGAUUGCGAUCCGAAAUUCUGGCCAAAAGUACUCGGGUCCCCACCCUCUAUGUGGGGAACAAGAAACAAGGCCAAAUAGGGCGCGUGGGCCCAAAUUCCGGGCUUUGACGGACAGUUCCUCCUGUCGUUGUGGGAGAAUCUAUCUACCUUUGAUUGCAAGAAGAGCAUUGUCUGAAUUAUGGAGGGAGCUGGGCACAUUUUUGUCUAGUACUUUUCAGUUGUCUUUGAUCUUGCUCUCCUUGACGACUUUUUUGUGCUUUUACUCUGUACUCUAAUUGAUCAGAUUGUCACACCGUUAUGGGGAAACCAGUUGGUGGGCUAUCCGAGGAGGCCAAAAUUGCAGCUCGGAAAGCGUCUCGUGAGAUUCGAAAAAUGAAGAGUGACACUAGUGGAGGAGGCAUACGAUCCAAAGAAAGAGAGCAUUCAAUGAUUAAAUUCAUCCUGAUGGUCUUACAUGGCGACAAGCCCAGCAAUGUGGAUUUUGCUGAUUGGAUCAAAGAUGGACAAGUGUUAAUGAACAUGAUGACGACCUUAUCCUUCAACUCAGUUCCUACAGAUCCCUUCGGGAGUGCGGGAGUAAAACCCGAAGAAUCCCGGAUCCGGAAUCUCAUCGAGACUAUUCAAAACUACGGUGUGGACAAAAAGUAUUUAUUUCAGGUAGAAGACUUGUGGGAAGGCAAAAAUACCCCAAAAGUGGUGAGGUGUCUAGAGGAAAUAGCAGAAUUGGCCAAGAAUGAGGAACAUGUGAACUUUGCCACCCUUCCUGCCAACAAAAUUUACUCGUAGGAAUUAGUCCCUUUUGUUAUUUACUGAAAUUGUCUUGAAUCAUCAUUAGAUAAAUACAAACAUGAUUAGUUUCCUAAUGAAACUACCGAGCACUUUC